AUGCGCUAUUCUUCGCUCUCCUUGCCUGCAUUCUCACUGCUGCUGCUGCUACCUACAGCAGUCAGUGCCAUCCAGACCCUCUCAGCGGUUGGCUCAAAGUUCUUCUACGAAAAUGGCACCCAGUACUUCAUGAAAGGCAUUGCUUACCAGCUCGUUCCUGACGACCCUCUGAUCGAUACGGAACAAUGCGAGCGCGAUAUCUCCCUCAUGGCACAACUGGGCACGAACGCAAUCCGUGUCUAUCAUGUUGAUCCCAGUGCAAAUCACGAUGGAUGCAUGACUGCUCUUGCCGCAGCUGGCAUCUAUCUGUUUGUUGAUCUGGACACUUUCGAAACCCAGAUUGAACAGAAUGAUCCCCACUGGAAUCAAACCCAGUUUGAUCGCUUCAAGGAAGUUUUGGAUGAGUUUCAAAAGUACGAGAACACCGCCGGGGUGUUUGUCGGAAAUGAAAUCCUCACCACCAAAGGCGGCUCAGCGGCUGCCCCUUACCUUCUGGCUGCAGCUCGGGACAUCAAAAGCUACCGCGACGAGAAGAACUACCGGAACAUCCCCGUCGGAUAUUCUGCAGCUGACAUCGCUGAAUUGCGUCCCAUGCUGCAGAACUAUCUGGCCUGUGCAGAGGACCCGGAUGAGCGUCUAGACUUCUAUGCCCUGAACGCCUACGAGUGGUGUGGAGUCUCCUCGUAUGCUCAGUCGGGCUACAGAGAACUUCAGAAGAAUGCAACUGGCUACCCCAUCCCCAUCUUCUUCUCUGAAACGGGCUGUAACGCCGCUCCUCCACGGACCUUUGAGGACCAAGCUGCGAUUUUUGGUGACUAUAUGUCAGAUACGUGGUCCGGCUCCAUGGUCUACGAGUGGAUUCAAGAAGUCAACCACUACGGCUUGAUCACAUAUGGCCCUCCCGCCCCAGGAGUCAAUACGCCAGACAAGCUUGUCUAUGAUGGUUUCACCCGCAAAGGUGUCCCAACGCCCGUGGCUCCCGAUUUCCACAAUCUCAAGUCCCAAUGGGCCACCCUGUCUCCCACUGGUGUCGCACUCUCUGAUUACAUUGAGACCACUUCCACCAUCACACCCCCCGCCUGUCCUGCCUACACCGCAGGUGCAUGGGAAGUCGGUCCCAACUCCCCUCUCCCCACUUUGGGUCAGACACACCACAAGGCCGGCACGAAAGUUCACGUUACCAGUGUGAGCGGCCCUAACACCUGGACAGUCUCCAAUGCUAGGGUCACCAUGUCAUCCCCCUCGCCCUCUGUUCGCUUGGCCACAAGCAGUGCCGCGAGAUCGCUUGCUGCCCCACGGCUGGAUGGUUCGGGUUACCUCGCGGGUGCAUCCAAGUUCAUCUGCCUGCUGGUGGGACUGGUGGCGGCCUGGCUAUGA